AUGUCGCUGAAAGAGAAGAUCAUAUCCGACAUCAAGGGUAAAAUAGAACGAGAGCAAAAACUCAUCCAAGGUUUCCAGGCGGUUAAGAGAAAUACUGGCAAUGCCGAGGUGAUUCAAAGAUGCAACAACCAAAUCAGAGAAACUCAGCUGAACAUUGAGUACCUCCAGGAAACAAUGGAGAAAUUGCUGGUUCAACAGCAGCUGGAAUCCGCAAACGAGCCGUCAGAGCUGGCAGAGGAGCUGACAAGAAGACAAAGAGUAACGAGUUCUGUUCGCCCGCUUUAUUCGAGAUUCGACUUGAUCAAGUACGACUGCCCGUCUCUUGGACACAAGAUCCAGUAUAUGCUUCAGCAGCUACAGUUCAAGUUGCAAGUAGAGAACCAAUACAGAGAGGCGAAUGAGAAGAUUUCGCAUUUAUAUCUAAUGGAUGGCGACAAGCUGUCCUCGAAUGCUGCUGAGGGGGGCAAGUUGGAAUCGGACCAGAGAAUCCAGUUGUUAAACAAGGCCUUGAGAAAAUACCAGGGGAUGCACGUCAACGUCGAGCAGGUCAACAGAGAUAUGGAAAUCAUGAACUUGCCCAAGUACGCGAGAAAACCGUUCUCUGGUAGAUUGACCAUGGGCGUCACCUGUAUUCGAGACGUGGACCACAUAGCGUCGCCAAAGUUCAAAAAGAAGCCUGAGUCGUUUGUGUGCAUUAAGAUUGACGACGUGGAAAGGGCUAGAUCUGCUCUGUCUCGAUCGGGCAAAUUCAACGAAGAUUUGGUGGUGGAUGUGGAUAAGGCCAACGAAAUGGAGAUCGCCGUGUACGACAAAAACGGGUCGCAGAACGUACCUGUGGCACUUGCAUGGAUCCUUCUUUCUGAUAUCUCCGAGGAAGUUCGAAAGAAAAAAGUGGCCAUUGAAUCAGGGUACGAUGGCUGGAUCCCGGCCUCAAGUCUACCAGGGAACAACCAAUCCGCUAGAGGUAAUGGGAAUGAUCUGUUAGGCACUACAUUGUCCGGAAACAAUGGCCUGAGUUCAACUUUUGACGGAGACACCAUUGUCGACAAGGCAAGACCCUCUACAGAGAAUGUCAAAAACGUACUGAUUUCUGCAUGGGUCAAUCUCGAGCCUGUAGGUCAAAUUUUGGUUAGUUUGUCUUUCGAGAAGUCGAAGGUGUCUGCCAAACCAACGUUCAUGGGCGCUUUGGGGCGUCAUGGCGCUAUCCGUCAAAAGAAGGAAGAGGUUUUCGAGCAACACGGCCAUCAGUUCGUUCAAAAACAAUUCUACAACAUUAUGUGCUGUGCGCUUUGUGGGGAAUUUUUGCGUUACACUGGGUAUCAAUGUCAAGACUGCCGCUUCUUGUGUCACAAGAAAUGUUACCAGAAGGUGGUGACUAAGUGUAUCUCCAAGAGUGGCGAUACGAUCGACGAUGAAGACAAACUCAACCAUCGCAUCCCUCACCGUUUCGAGCCAGUUUCGAAUCGUGGUACGAAAUGGUGCUGCCACUGUGGUCAUAUCUUGCCUUGGGGCAGGAAGAAUGUUAGGAAAUGCUCCGAGUGUGGUGUCAUGUGUCAUGCUCAUUGUACUUCCUUGGUUCCCGACUUCUGUGGUAUGUCUAUGGAAAUGGCAAAUCAAAUUUUAAUAACAAUCAAGUCCACAAAACCCUCAAAGAGCCCUGCCAAGGCACUUCAAAAUGCGCCACAAAAGGCUCGUGCACCUCCUCCCCAACUUCCUCCAAAGUCAUUUACUGCCUCUCCGCAAAGGUACCCUGUGGAUGAGCUGCCAAUGCCUUCGCCCCAACACUUUCACCACAAGAAUCAGGUCGCCCCACUUCCUCCGCCUCCUCUGCAACCGCAGUUCCAACCGGUCUAUAACAAAUCGCAAGAACCAGGGUACCAAAGAAUUCAAAAGUUAUCACCAGAAGAGAUGGACCAGCCUUACUCUUCUAAAUUACCGACAGAUAUCAAACUGCAAUUUCAGCCAACGGUUGAACCUCCAAACAGACAUGCACCAAGGCGUCCACCUCCAAUGGACACUACAAGCUCCUCGUCACUGGAUGUCCCCGUCCAGUCUCGCACAGGUUAUACUCACGGAGACUAUCAAAAUAAUGCCUACGAGGCGAACAUACCAGAAGAGGUCAAUCCGUUUGAGCAGGAAGUUGUUAUUCCAUCUCAAGAUCCUAAUGCUGCUUUUUUUCAGAAUUUUGAUUAUCGAAACACUCACUCGAACUUACAAGACGAUGCUGGGUAUUAUGCUUCUCAAGAGCCACAGCCUAUGGUAGUCGAGCCUGACCAAGCGCAGAUGCCAUCAACACACAAGGCUCACAAAUCUAAAAGAAAAAGAAGAAAGGUCGGCCUCGAUGAUUUUCAGUUCUUGGCCGUAUUAGGUAAAGGAAACUUCGGUAAAGUCAUGCUUGCAGAAUCAAGACAUACUCAGAAAUUAUGUGCUAUCAAAGUUUUGAAGAAAGAUUUCAUCGUUGAGAAUGAGGAGGCAGAGAGUGUCAAGUCAGAAAAACAAGUUUUCUUGACAGCUAACAGAGAGCGUCAUCCAUUUUUGCUCAACUUGCAUUGCUGUUUCCAGACAGAGAAUAGAAUAUAUUUCGUCAUGGAGUAUGUUUCUGGAGGUGAUUUGAUGUGGCACAUUCAAAAGUCUCGGUUUUCGGCAAAAAGAGCAAAGUUUUAUGCUUGUGAAGUCUUGUUGGCUUUGAAAUACUUCCACGACAACGGUAUAAUUUACCGUGAUUUGAAGUUAGAUAACAUCCUUUUGACCACACAGGGACACAUCAAAAUUGGUGACUACGGGUUGUGUAAGGAGAACAUGUGGUAUAAGAACACUACUGGCACAUUCUGCGGUACACCCGAGUUUAUGGCACCGGAAAUCAUUGCAGGUAAACCUUACGAUCGUUCAGUCGAUUGGUGGGCAUUUGGUGUGCUUAUGUUUCAAAUGUUGUUGUGUCAAAGUCCUUUUAAGGGUGAUGACGAAGAUGAUAUCUUCAAUGCUAUCGAGCACGAUGAUGUAAGAUAUCCAAUCAGUAUGCCACGACAAACUGUUCUUGUAUUGCAAGCGUUGUUAACCAAGGAAGCUUCGCAACGACUUGGUAGUAGCGAGAGAGAUGCGUUGGAAAUCAUGGAGCAUCCAUACUUUCUGGAUGUAAAUUUUGACGAUGUGCUCAACUUGAGAAUUCAACCGCCAUACUUGCCUGAGAUCUCCAGUGAACAUGACUACUCGAAUUUCGAUCAAGAAUUCACAUCUGAAACGCCAAGGUUGACACCCGUAGAAACCGUGUUGACGUCAGAGAUGCAAGAACAGUUUCGUGGAUUCUCCCACAUUUCGGACGAUGCUCCUGUUUGA